AUACUUUUCAAUGAAAAAAAUUAAUAUUUUAUGAAUGCUUAAAUUAUAUUAAGAAAAGAAAAAAAAAUAAUUAAGAAUAGUUGAAAAUAAAUUAUUUGAAAUUGGACUCAAUGACCUAUUUAGAAACAAUUUUUUUUUGAUCCGAACGGUACAUGUAAUGUUUAGUUCGAAUCGAAUUUCUAUUUAUUUAUAAAUACCAAAAAAAACUAAACUGAAAUGGUUCGAAUUUGGUAUAGAUUUAAAGCUGAAAAACUUUUUAAAAAAAACUUUGAAAAUCCAAGUUAAAUCUUGAAAAAUCAAAAAACUAUUAAAGUAAUAGUUUAACUAUAUCAUAUUUUAACUCACAAGAACAAUGGAUUGAUAAGAUCCCUUCGAUGAAAUAUCAUAUUUUGAUUGUGCUUCAUUUGACAUGUGUUUUUCAAAAGAUUGUGGUGAAAUAUAUUUUCCUCAGGAACCUUUUGGACGCUGCCAGCAAGGCAAGAGCAGCAAUCUUCUCCUUAUGAUUUCAUGCCGCUCUCCCCACGCCCAAUUAAAAAAAUCAAUAUCAGAUUAUGAUUCAAUAACACCAAACUAAUAUAUGAGUUACCUAAAACAAACUUCCCAAUCCUCUGCAGAGGUGUGAGCACCUACAAAUUAAAAUUCUUGUUAUUGGUUUACUGCAUACAAACAAUUAAAUGCAAUAAAAAACAAUCAUCACUCACUACGGGCUGUUCAGGUUCCGCCGCUAUCACAUGAAUCUCUACUUCCCCCAAAUUACCAUUGUUAUCCAUGAUUCCUGCGCAAACAAACCAGAUAAGCACCACCCAAAUUAUUUUUAGAAAUGACUAAUCAAAAUUCACAUAUUAGUUUAUGAUUAUUUCACACUUGUAUAUGUGUUUUCAUGGCUCAAUGUUCUGAGAUUAAUUUGAAAUUGGACCAUUUAUUUGGUCCUUCUCAUUUAGAUCAAUCUAUGAUGAAUUGGAUAAAUAAAUUAAACUAUAGUGUUAAAGCGAAAAUGAAUUCGCUAUUGAAUGAAUUGUCAUUAGUGUUAUAUAUCUAUGCUUUUCUUACUAAUACUUUCAUAUUAUCCAUGAAAAUCUAGAUAAAAUCUACAUACACAUACAUACAAAUGAAUACCUAAACUUUUCAUUACAGUAGUACAUUACAUGUGCAUUAAAAUUGUUAAUUGUCUAUAUUAAAUUGAAUUUCUAGAAUGUUGCCAUAGAGCAAUAACAUCAAUUGUUUAUUUUUAUUUUAUGUUGCAUUGACAAUAUUUAGUUGAUCAAUUUAAGAUUACGGUUAAUUGAUCUUAUCCAAUUAAGAAUUAAUGAUUUGAAUGUGUAGGCUCUAACUCUUCUCCGGAUGAUUGGUAAAUUUGUUUUAGGUAACUCUCGUUUGUGUAUUAGUUUGUCGUAAUAAAGAAUCAUAGUUUUGAUAUUGUUUAUUUUAAUCAGAUAUUGGUAGAGCUGCAUGGAAUUACAAGGAGAAAUGUUGCUUUUUGCUUUGGUGGCAAUGGUCAAAAAGAUUGAUAUUGCAUGUUGUGAACGUAUACAUCUUUUAUUGAAAAGUCAAAUGCGGCAUCAACACAUAUAAUCUGUAUACAAAAUAAAAAAAACAACGAAACUGAGACAUGUAUGCUCAUGUGUAUAAUUGUUUUGACAUGUAAAAAAAAGGGAAACCGAGAAAAUUGACCAAAUGGACUUGUAAAGUUCAAAACAUUGACCUUAGAAUGUCAUCACAUCCAUAAGAUGAAUCCAUCAUUAACCAUUUAUAAAUAGCAUCCAGAAGAUUAUGGAAAUAACUUUUGAGCAAGAUAAUGAAACUUGUAUGCAGAAAUAAAGUGAACAUCCCCUUAUGCCAAACCAUAGUUUUGAUAGUGGUAUAACAUAAAGCACUGCUCCUAAUGAAUAUCCGUAAACAAGUAGAAAAUUUGAAACAUCAUAUGUGCUUUGCAUAGAAGGGAAGAGGGAAAUAAAUCCAUUUAUAUUGAUUUACCUUUUAGUCAAAAGAGAAUGGGAACAAGUGAUUCCUAGAGAGGUGAGCAAAUAUAACCAGCUACUACUAGAGACGUAAACACAAUCUCUAGGAUCUUAUAUUCAUUACGUCACAAAGCGUCGUAUAUCCAAGAAGAACUCGAUUCUUUGGAAAACAAGUGACAUUUAGACAUCCUUGUUUCAGCACUUACAAGAGGAUACAGAUGGCUCGGUUUCAAAGGAAGUGAGACCAAAUUCUCCACUUAUGUAGAUAUAACACAUGUGUCGAGGGAGAGACAAUGAAUCUCAUUUGUCCAUGGAUAAUACAUAAACAGCCUUUUCUGAUUGUCAUAGAAGACGAGAUUCCCUUUUUUAGAAACCGCGUGAACCACCUCUUCCGCAUUGGCCAGGCUACAACUUUAAGUUCUAGUUUCAUGUAAAAAUACUCUGCUCCAUCAUUUUUGAUCUGUAUCCAUGAUAUGUAUCUCUGGCUUCAUACAGGCUAAACAUCAACGUAUAACUAACCUAUGCAGUGGCUUAAAACCUUAUACACUGGACCAAUAAAUCCUUGGAUAUAAAUGGACGUGCUAAAUUAUACUACUAUUUAUCAAUUAAAUUUUGUAAGAUUACUGUUAUUAUUGUUUUAAGAUGAGAUAUUAUGAUGAAUAAUAUCAAAAAAACAUUAUCCACUAUUUAUUAUUCAACAAUGCAUCCAAUUGAUAUGUAAUCAUCUAUAUGCAGCAGUAAGUAAUCGAUAGUUACCCUAAGUAAAUCUAGUAAUCACGGUUAACACCGUUUCAUAUGUAAAAUGUGUCUUUGUAGCUAUAGAUGGUUCGAGAAGAGCGUGGAGACACACUAAACAAGAGCCACUAGCUAUCAGUUAUCACUUAAGCUUAUAACACGUGUACCUACACUGUAUUAAACAAGAAAAUUGUGCGGGUAAAUUAUUACAUUUGUUAGUAAUAAGACAAUCUGAUCCAGAGUAGCUCGCCACGUUGCUAAAACCAAAACAAUAAUUGUGAGCACACCGGUAGCAAAAAAAAGAGAGAGUAUAAUUUGGAAGAUGACAUUGACGAUCCAUUCAGCACCAGGGAGCUCAGGGUACUUGGAUAUGUACCCAGAGAGAAGGAUGUCUUAUUUUGGUAAUCCUUACAUUCUCGGUUUGACUCUCGCUGCCGGCAUCGGUGGCCUUCUCUUCGGUUAUGACACAGGUGUUAUAUCUGGUGCCCUUUUGUACAUUAAAGAUGAUUUCCAAAUUGUUAAACAGAGCAGUUUCUUACAGGAAACUAUUGUAAGCAUGGCUUUAGUUGGUGCCAUGAUCGGUGCUGCGUCAGGAGGUUGGAUCAAUGACUACUACGGUCGUAAAAAGGCCACUUUGUUUGCUGAUGUUGUCUUUGCUGCUGGAGCUAUCGUUAUGGCUGCUGCUCCUGAUCCUUAUGUCUUAAUCGCCGGUCGUCUCUUGGUUGGUUUAGGAGUUGGUGUUGCUUCUGUGACCGCACCCGUUUAUAUAGCUGAAGCAUCUCCAUCUGAAGUGAGAGGAGGACUUGUGAGCACCAAUGUGUUGAUGAUCACUGGUGGACAGUUUCUUUCUUACCUUGUUAACUCUGCUUUUACACAGGUUCCAGGAACAUGGAGAUGGAUGCUUGGGGUGUCAGGUGUUCCUGCUGUUGUUCAGUUCGGUCUAAUGCUGUUCAUGCCAGAGUCUCCUCGAUGGCUUUACAUGAAGAACCGUAAAGAGGAAGCCAUCCAAGUGCUUUCAAAAAUGUAUGACAUCUCUCGUUUAGAGGACGAGAUUAAUCAUCUUUCCGCAGCUGAAGAGGAAGAGAAGCUACAGAAAGACACUGUCAGCUACUUGGAUGUAUUUAAAUCCAAAGAAAUGAGACUCGCAUUCUUCGCAGGAGCAGGACUUCAGGCGUUUCAGCAGUUCACUGGGAUCAAUACUGUUAUGUACUAUAGUCCUACGAUAGUGCAGAUGGCUGGUUUCCAUUCAAACCAGCUCGCUCUGUUACUCUCUCUCAUCGUUGCUGGCAUGAACGCUGCUGGAACAGUCGUGGGGAUCUACUUCAUCGACCAUUGUGGACGGAAGAAGCUUGCUCUCUCGAGUUUAUGCGGUGUCAUUGUAUCUCUCAUUAUCCUCUCAGUCUCGUUCUUGAAACAAUCUGAUGUAACAUCUGAUGGAGGGCUCUACGGUUGGCUCGCUGUGCUUGGCUUAGCUCUAUACAUUGCCUUCUUUGCACCGGGAAUGGGACCGGUUCCGUGGACGGUGAACUCGGAGAUAUACCCACAACAGUACCGAGGCAUAUGUGGAGGCAUGUCUGCAACGGUUAACUGGGUUAGUAACUUGAUUGUGGCACAAACAUUCUUGUCAAUAGCUGAAGCUGCUGGUACUGGAGUUACUUUCUUGAUUUUGGCGGGAAUCGCUGUUUUGGCGGUUGUCUUUGUGAUUGUGUUUGUCCCUGAGACUCAGGGGCUAACGUUUUUGGAAGUGGAGCAGAUUUGGAAAGAGAGGGCUUGGGGUAGUAGCAGAGAUGGCGACAACAUGGAGGGGUUACUCGAGCAGGGGUCUCGGUCUUGAGUGGUUUAUGCUCAUACAUUGUGGUAUGAAUCACAGUCUCCAGAGUAAACCAAGAGUAGUUCCGGUUUAGCUCAGUGAGAUGUAUGUAAUGUUGGAAUUGCUAUAAUGUAUUUGUUAUUAAAUACGGUUUAGGGUCCACUUUGGAUCCAGUCUUGUCUAUGUCUUAUGUUCUAGAGAUUUCUUGUCUACAACUCGCUGUAUGAUGCAUGUGUCUAAGGUCUAAGCAUAGAAAAGUCGACAAGGGCAUUGAAUACAUGAAUGUUGAAUCACAAACAUAAGACUUGUCAUAGGAA